AAAAAACAGGCAAACACCUCUCCUUCAAGUUCGCACCAACCCAAUGAAGCAGGAAACAGGAAACGUUUCUGGGGAGGCUGCAAGCCGGCAGCAUCUCAGAGCAGAGUGGGGAGUUGACAUGAAGACUCAGGGCUCCCUGGCUGGCGCCCUCCUGCUGGCGCUCCUGCCUGGCCUCCACGCUCAGGGUCUUUCUGAGGACACAGACCAGUCAGGAGAUGAUAUGCAAAUUGUGCAAGUCAUGGCGGAAGAGACCACAAUCCCAAGUACAUUGCCUACAGAGACGGUGGAAAGCUUCAUGACCAACACAAGCGUGACCCACAAGGAUGAGGAUUCUGAUCAGCUCGGGCUCAUGAUGAUGGUGCUGAUCCCCUUGAUUUUACUAGCUGUUCUGUUUCUGGUGGUGGUACUCUUUGUAACCUACCAGAAAAAGAAAAGAACUAAAGAAGAACCUUCCAGCCAAGGAUCUCAGAGUGUUUUGCAGUCACAUGAACUGGGAAGUGAAAGCUUGAAAGUCCCCAUAUUUGAGGAAGACACACCUUCUGUUAUGGAAAUUGAAAUGGAAGAGCUUGAUAAAUGGAUGAACAGCAUGAACAGGAACGCUGACCAUGAAUGCUUACCUACUGUAAAGGAAGAAAAGGAAUCAAACCAUAACCCAAGUGACAACGAAUCCUAAACAUUGAACAAUGCUCAUGUUUUCCAAGAGAAGCAGCCCUGGAGGGAGCCGGCUGGGCCUGCCAACAGAGGAUGAAGAGGAUACGAAUUUAAUUAAUUUCAAAGCAACAUAGAUGCAAGAAAACCUUCUGCUAUUUCUUCCAACGCCCACUCUGCCUGGUAAUGGCAUCACCCUGGCCUGGAAGAAUGUGUGAUUGAAAAGCACAAGAAAAAGGUCUGGCUGCCAGCCACCAACAGCCUCCCCUCCACACCUGCCUGGAUUCCUCUUCUUAUAGUUAACAGCACCCACUCUGGCCCUGUCCUGUCCUUGUUACCUGUCCACGUCAUUUCUUAGGUCUUAAGUCAGGAGGAUGGUUCAUCUCUGGUUUCCUUCUGGGACAUCACUUACGCAAUUCCCUUCUUACCCAGCUAGCUUUGGGUCUUUUUUUUUGGGGGGGGGGGUUCUUCAAAAGCCUCUGGCAGGCCACUUAACCUUCAGCAGGAACUUUUUUCACAAAGAGUGAAGACCAGCGAAAAGACAUCCAACAAAGCAAUUGACUCACUAAAACUUCUAGACUCUGUGUGUGUGUGUGUGUGUGUGUGUGUGUGUGUGUGUUGUAUUAAGCUUAUUACUCCCAACAAGAAGACACAGUGCAUGACUUGUGGCUCUUGAGUUGACCAGACCCAGUUGGGAAGUUCUCAAAGGAGUAGGAAACUCCUCCACCUUUCCCCAGAGCUUAUUCCUGCCUCUGUCACCUCACGGUGUCUCUGAGAUCUCUGAGAUGGUUUUAGGUAAGCAAGAUUUAAAUCACAAAUACCUGUCCCGGCAGUUAGUCACACUCAGCCUUUCCCAAGAAGGGUAUUCUGGCUGAAACAUGCCCAGGCCUCCUGUCCCGAGCCCCUCUUUACAAGUACUGGCUGCCAGGAAUACGCUGAUAUGCUUAAAGGCUGAGUUCCAAGCUGAGGAGGUGGGUAGAAGAUGGAACUAUCUGGUGGGUCUCACCGCCACUGUCAGGCUGUUUGGGGACUGCUGAAUGCCUUGGCAAAGGAUUGUCUUUGUGGCAUCUAGCUUCGACAGAUUUACCCGUCAACUUCUCAUUAGCACAUCCUAAUGUGGUGCGUGUUUUCACUUCUGAUUUGAAUAUUCAGAUUCAAUUUGUGGUCCACAGUGACUCUCAGCUACUUGUGCCGAAGCUGCCUUUUCCUCUGAAGCCAUCAUUCCUAGGCCUAUUUUACUACUUUCACGGUUGUUUGUUUUCAUUCUGGAGCUCAGAAUGAGUCUCAGCUUGCUUCCCUCUCUAAGACUCUAAGAUUUUUUUUUUUUGUCAUCAAUGGAGUUUCACUGCUCCAGGUUGACAGGAGAGAGAAAGAGAGAGAGAGAGAGAGGACCACAGCCCCAAAGCUUCCUCCAGUGCGGUAGGUGCUGGGCUCCAACCUGGGUGCAUACAUAGCAAGGCAGGUGCACUGUCCAGAUGAGCUAUUUUGCUGGCCCAGUCUCUAAGAUUUUUGCUGAAUACUUUAGCACACAAACUCCACCCAACAUGAUGCAAUAAUGAUCUUUACAAUCCAGAGAGGUCUGAGGGAUCCUGGACUCUCACUUUCAUGACUCAAUGUUAUAUGUUAUGGUUAAAAAAGGAAGAAAGAAAGAAAGAAGAAAGGAAAGAAGGAGGGAGAAAGGAAGGAAGAAAGAAAAAGAAAGACGUCCUUGCAGCAUAUGUAAAAUAACCUCCAGUUCCAGAAGAAGCAACUGUCAGCAACCUGCUACUAACUUGAUACCUGAAAAAUGUCCUGAUGUCUAGCACUGUCAGGUGUCCAAGGCAUUUAUUUUAGAAAGACAGCUUCUUCCGCCACAAUCUAUGAAGUUAGCGGUCAAAACAGACAAGGGUCAAUUCUAGCAUCUUAUAUCUUCUUAUUAUGAUCCAGUCAAUAGGCACCGUAUACUAACAGUGAUUUUAUAAGAAUUGAUUUUAAGCCCAAACUGAAUUCUGCUUUUACUUAUCAUUAGUUAAAAAAAAAGUUGCAUUAAUUUGCCCAAGUGUGUGUGUGUGGGGGGGGGGGCCAAUCAAGAGCAAAACCUGAAUUUAGACUAUUUUAAAGCUAUGACUGUUUUACGCACUUUAGUACAUUUUAAGAUACCCAGGUUAAUGCUACUGCCUAGUCAAACUCCUCGGGAAACCUGUUUCAUAUGGAUGUAAGGGUCAGCCUGUUCCUUUUGAUUCAGUGAUGUAAUCCUCUGAGGAACUCAUUCUUACCCAAACAGGAGCCCAAAUAGUGAGAACUUCCACCUGAAUGUCUGGGUAACAGAAGCCACUGCAGGUCCAAGCGCUCCUUCAGAAAAAGAUUCUCCUCUGCUCUUUGCCUUCAGUUGUCUAAACUCUUCAACCUGGAAGGAAGCCCUUCUGUUAAGUAAGCAUAGAAUGUAGACUUCAAUUGUGUCUUCUCUUGGGAUGUGUACAAGUUCUGGAGGUAGUGGAGUGGUGAGACGUGGCUUCACACUGGGAAGACACUGUUGAAAUCUCAGUGUGGGACUGAAAUUUUAUACUGAAUUAAAUAUACAUUUGCUACUUUUUUUUUAACUCCUGUGUCUAUUCAGAAUGAAGUCUAGAUUUUUCCAUUUAACCAUCUGCAACCGGUAAACCAGGGUCAUUUCAUUCACAUGCAGGCCACAUUUCUUCACUGCAUGCACUAAAAGAGUUAGUGUGGACUGGAAUCACUCACCUUGGUUAAAAAAUGUAUUUCCUGGGGGCCGGAUGGUAGAGCAGCAGGUUAAGCGCACAUGGCACAAAGUGCAAGGAUUCCGGUUCGAGCUCCUGACUCCCCACAAGCGGUGAAGCAGGUCUGCAGGUGUCUAUCUUUUUCUCUCCCUCUCAGUCUUCCCAGACUCUCUCACAUUUUCUCUGUCCCAUCUAAUAACAACAACAAUAACAGCAAUGACAAAAAUAACAUUAGUCACAACAACAAGAGUAGCAACAAGGGCAACAAAAUGGGAAAAAUGGCCUCCAGGAGCAGUGGACUUGUAGUGCAGGCACCAAGCUCAGCAAUAACCCUGGAGGCAAAAAAAGAGAAAAAAAAGUAGUACCCAAACAACCAAUUGCUUCAAUUAUUUUUAACAGUUGUUUUUUUUUUUUUAACGUAUUGUCUUGCAUGGCACCAAAAUAUUUUCUCUUAGUCCUCAGGAAGGUGAUUAUUUGUAGGUGUGUGUAUGUGGGGGGCUGCUUGUUUGUUUUGCUCUAUUGCCAUUUCAGACAUGUCAGUUUCAUGAGCUAGCAAUCCAUACACAUAUAUAAAAUAACUUUCUUUAUCAACUCUUAAUAGUGCUCUAAGCUCUUUUCAAAAUGAUAUUUUAAGGGUAAACAUCUCUAAACCAACGUGCCUCCAGUGAUAUACAGGCUUUCAUUUCAAUGCUAGAUGUUGGUCUGAUUAACAGAUAAAUGGGAGUCCCCCGCCCCCACCCCCACCCCCCGCACAAUUAGACUUCAGGUGCUGGGGACUUAGUUGCUCAAAUACCUUGGAACUUAACACAUUAUCAUCUCUGUCUAUGGCACUUUAUGAACAAGUAAUUGAAUCUUCUACAAAAAAAAAAAAAAGCAUUUUCACAUUCAUGUUUUUGUUUUAAGUUUUUAAAAAAUCUAAAAUUUUUUUUUUUAAUUUACUGAUGAGAAAGAUAGGAGGAGAGAGAGACAGAACCAGAUAUACAUUUGCUGGUACAUGUGCUGCCAGGGAUUGAACUCAGGACCUCAUGCUUGAGAUUCCAGUGCUUUGUCCAUUGCAUCAUCUCCUGGACCACACUUUUUUUUUAAUCCCUCUGGAGUGAAUGAGAUGGAUGAUUCAUAGAUAUUACAAGCAAGAAACCACAUUUCUUUUUCAAUAUGAAGAUCCCAGUUGAGGCCAAUAUUUAUACUAUCCUAAGGUGAAACUCCUGAAAUUAUAAGAAGCAUCAGGAAUAUGAAAAAAAAAAAAAACCCUGUGUGCUGAGUAAAUGUCAAAUUUCAGAAAAGACAUGAACUAUAUUUAUUAAUUCGAAAACUAUCUGGCAAAACAGUAAUGAUCGUUUUGGUAACUUGUUUUUAAAGUGAAA